GCCGUAAGUUAGAGCUGCAAUUUCCGCCACUGCCGAGAAUGGCGGCGGCUCCAUUCCCAACCUACGUAGCACGGACAGAUGCACGGAUUAAUAAGGCCACAGCUGGCUCGACGGCGCUGGAAAAGCAACAUACCCUGAAUCGCGCGAGUUGCUCUCGCAGGAUGUCAUCCUCGUUUGUAGGAGCACCGUUAAAGAUAUUGACACCGUCCGCUUCCUCUAUCAAGGUGUCCCCGCAUGACAAGCUCCCGUGGGGUAGGGGCCUGUCAGUCUCUGCCACGUGGCUCGAAUGCAAAGCAGUGGCUGACGCGCCCAACAUCCCCCUCUCAUUGGCUUACGGCCUCUGGUCGGAUCGCGAGCUUGUCCCCAACUGGAUGCCAUGGAUCACCUCGGUUAAGGUGCUGAAGGAGACACCGGAGUUCUCUGAGUGGACCCUCAAGUACACUGCAUUUGGACGCGAUCUAGAGUUCUCAUGGCUCUCUAAGCAACUCACUCCCAUCGUGAAUCAGAAGAUUCAGUGGCGCUCUGUUGAUGGCGUGCCUAACAGAGGAGCCGUGCGUUUCUUCCCCAGAGGGCCCAACGGCUGCAAGGUGGAGAUGACUCUUACAUACCAGUGUCCCGACAUUCUCGUCCCCGUUAUGGCGAGCCUAUCGCCGUUGGUGGAGAAUAUCAUUCAAGCAGACAUGGACCGGUUUGUGGAUUAUGCGACUAAAGUGAAAGACACCCAAAGUGUUAGAAUAAUGUAAUUAUUACAAGGAAGAGGGAACAAGGGAGAUUUCGGGUUUGGUUUGUACUCUCUCAGAUCACACACCUAUUCUAGCCUAUAACUUCUACCGGCAAAUGUAUGUAUAAGUUGACACACCCCCGAGGCUAGAUAAGGGGUUGUGCUGAGCAAGAAGCACGCAGCUCAGGGUGGCACUGUUAAGACUAGAAAGAAUGAAUACCCGUAUUUGUCAAACAUGUGUAGUUAUCAUGUUUGUAUAGAC